AUAAAUGCAUAGAUAUAUACAUUAUAUAUACAUAUAAAAUGCAAAGAUAAAUAUAUAUAAACUGCAAAGAUAAAAAUUAAAUAUAGCAUGGAUGGAACAGUAUAAAGCGAAAGAACGGUAAGUAAAACUUACGGGCUGUGAUUCUUUCUUUGUCAGUGAAAUGUGAAAUUGACGGAAAAUUGGGGAUGGGCAAAUUUUAAGUAAGGCUUUCUCGCGUACCGAAUCACAGCCAACGCCCACGAUUAAGGCUUUUCACAAAAUUUCUGAGCGUUGGCUGUGAUUCGGUGCGCGAGAAAGCCUUACUUAAAAUUUGCCCAUCCCCAAUUUUCCGUCAAUUUCACAUUUCACUGACAAAGAAAGAAUCACAGCCCGUAAGUUUUACUUACCGUUCUUUCGCUUUAUACUGUUCCAUCCAUGCUAUAUUUAAUUUUUAUCUUUGCAGUUUAUAUAUUUUUUGUCUAAAAAGAAAUCUUUAUGAUUCAAAAUCAUUUUUUAAAAAUUACUUUUAAUAUUAAAAACAUUUUUGAAAUAAAUGUUUAGGUGCUCCAUUAUUGUAUCACGAAACACAAUAUCUCAUUCUUUACUGUAUAGAAAAAUAGUAAAAAAAAUUCAAAACAAAAACAGGGUUAAAAUAGAUUUAUUUUUACAAAAAAAAAACGAAACCUUCUGUUAAUCAAUCAAAAUGGAAGAAAAAAUAAUGAAAAAAAUCUUUAAUUUGUUCUUGAAUACCAUUUUUUUUUUAAAUAUUUCUUUAAAGAAUUCUUUCAUCUUGAUUCUUAGAUAUAAAAAAAAAAUACUUUUAAUGUUAGUCCUUUGCAAAAAAAAAGUCGCCUGAAAAGAAAAUUAGGAAUGUAUUUUUUGUGGAAUAUUUUCAUCCCCCUCGGUGAGAUUUUUCCGGAAAAUAUUGGGUACGUACACAAAGAAAAAAAAAUUCUCAAUGAGAGCAAAAAUUCAACAGAGAUUGUCAAGAAAAAGAAAAGAAAAUCUAAAAUGCAAACAACAAAAAUCCAAAAAGCAAAAAUCAAAGAUGUGGAAAACCACGUGAAAAUUGUACGUAGAACCCUUGUUUACUAUGCUAAUGCAUUUUUCCCUUCAACACACCGUUGGUGUCCUUUCUGUGGGUGAGUAGAUUUUACAAGAAAUUCAUCAAGAAAACGUUUCAGCAAGAAUUUUGAAGAAGAAAAAAGUCGCGAUUUCGAAUGAAAAAAAAAAACUAACAAUGAGAUCAAUGAUUUUCUUCCCUGAUGAUCAUCAUUGUGGCUGUGAAAUGAUCCAGAUGGGGAGAUGAUCCGGUCAAAUGGGGGUGUUGUCCUGAGUAAGAGAAAACUAUAAAUUUGUAUUUUUUUUCCUUUUUCAAUUAUUAUUUUUUGUUAAUUUAUUUUUUAACCAAAACAGUCACACUGCAGAAUGGUACGUCCUAUUUUUUACUUAAUUUUUUUUUAAUAUAAAUUGUAGAGGGUUUUUUGUUGGAAAAAAUUUUCUUUGUUGAAAAAAUUUUUAAAAAUUUCGUGAUUCAAGAAAUUUUCUUUUUUUUUUGUAUAUUUCUUUCCGAAUGUGAAUAAUCUACGGGGCAUUGUAGGCACGGCAUAAUGGGCAUAAUGACUGAUAUUCGAAAAAAAAGACGCCAUGAGUUUUACAGAAAAGCAAAGACACAAAAAGUCUGUAAGUCUCUCUCUCUUUUAUCACUAUUCUAUGUCUUCUGAAUUAAAAAAAAAAGAUAUUUCUUACACUAAAGAAGUUACUAAAGUAGUUUUUUUCAAUUUUUGGGAUAAACUAUCAGUCAUUUUUGGUUGAAAUUUAGUCAAAAAGUGAUUUUUGGAGGUUAGGAACGGUUUGAGUAUGAGAUUGUGGUCUAUUUUGUACUCUAGAGGGCCUAAAUUGCUUUCUGAAAGUAUAUUGAAAAGUUAAUUUGAGUUUAUUCGAAUUUAAUAUUGAUGUUGUAAAGAUUUAAGUUUCUCAAGAAAAUAAAGAAAUUUUUUUUUUAAAAUAUAAAAUUAAAUAAACAUUUUAGCAAAUACUCAAACCAUAUAACUUCUAAAUUUUAACAAAAAAAAAUGACGGUAGUUAACCAAACAGAAAAAAAACUACAAAAAUGAUAAAAAUUUCCACGCAAAAUGUGAAGAAUUAUGUAAAAUUUUUGAUUUUCUUUUUUCACAAAAGAAGAGAAAAAAAGCAUUGAGUAAAAUAUAGUUUGUGAGACGACGAAGUGUGAGUAUGAAUACAGAUCUCUGCAGAUCAUCCAUCAACAUCGAUCCACAAAAUAUCACACAAUUUCCCGAUGCCUGCAUCCAAAUAUGGUUCGUCAAAAACAAAAUAUAAUAUACAAAAAAUUAUGACUAAUAACAUAAUAUUUUGUCAAAUUACUUUUUUUUUUCUUUUGUAAUUUAAUUUUAUUCUCCCCCUUUAGGAUGUGUGUGGUUACAGGGCCUAAAGCAAAAGAAAAAAAAAACACAUUUAAAGUUAAAACCGUAUGGAUUUGGGCGAAUGCCCCAAAGUACAUGACCUUGCUCUUCGUGCCGAUUACGAGAAGGCAUCCAAAAACAAGGAUUAUUACUAUGAUAUUGAGGCAAUGGAACAUCUUCAGGCUUUCAUAGCUGAUUGCGAUAGACGAACUGAGGCAGCUAAGAAACGUCUAGCUGAAACUCAAGAAGAAUUAACAGCCGAAGUAGCUCAAAAGGCCAAUGCAGUGCAUCAAUUGGCCGAGGAGAUUGGGAAGAAGUUGGCAAAAGCUGAAGCUCUUGGAGAAGCUGGGGAAGUUGAGGAGAGCAUGAAAUUGAUGGGAGAGAUUGAUGAGUUGCGUUCGCAAAAGGUAAAGGCGGAACAUGAGUAUCGUUCAUCAAUGCCAGCAAGUACGUAUCAACAGCAGAAGCUACGUGUUUGUGAGGUUUGUUCAGCCUAUUUGGGUAUUCACGACAACGAUGUGCGUCUUGCUGAUCAUUUUGGUGGGAAACUCCAUUUGGGCUUUAUGGCCAUCCGUGAAAAAUUGACCGAUCUUGAGAAAACUGCUGGACCACGGAAGGCAGAACUCCGCAAGGGCGGCAGUCGCAACGAACGUGAGUAUGAGGAGAGAAAAUCUCGCUACUAUGUGGGUGGGCGGGAAUUGGAUAGGCGUUCACGGGUGCAUCGUUCACGGAGUCGCGACAGGAAGAUGGGAAGUAGCAAGCGUCGGUCACGAUCACGUUCACGCAGUCGCUCAAGGAGUCGCCAAUCGUCGCGACGACGAUCGUAUUCGCGAGAACGCGAUCGCAGAUAAAUAUUAAGUUUUCUUGCAGGGAAUUAAAGAAAAAUCCGUGCUGCCGACGUCAAUGUUCAAUUUCAGCUUGAAAAAAAAAGGAAAUUAAAAAAAAAAAGAAAUAUAGGGAUUAAAAAUUGAAAGAAAAUAUUACAAAAUGUAUAAAAAUUAUAUUUAAAAGAAAAAGAAAAAAACACCUUAAUGAUUUUUAGAGAUUGGUUUAAGAUAAAUCUGCCACAAAAAAAAGAACAAUCUUCAUGAAAUUCCGUGUUUUUUAAACAGUGAAAAAAAAUGGUAAUAAAACAGACAAAGUGCAUAAAAGAGGAUUUCGCAUAAUUCGAGUCAUUUUCGUGAAGUAAAAUUUUCCUUUUGGGGUUUUUUAUCACGCGCGCAACGGGGAAGAAUAAUGAAGGAAUGACUUUUUUUUUCAUAUAAUACUAAUUUAAUAUUCAAUGUGAAUGUCAAUAGAAUCCUCUUUUAUUUAAUUAGCUGUAUAUGCGUUGGAAAUUACAUUAAUUGUAAUUGAGAAGAAAUUAAAUAAAAUUCUUGUGAGAAAAAA